GAGCGGAGGGAAAGGGUUAGAGAGAGAGAAGAGUGGAGGGAAAGGGUUAGAGAAGAAGAGUGGAGGGAAAAGGUUAGAGAGAGAGAGAGAGAGAGAGAAGAGUGGAGGGAAAGGGUUAGAGAGAGAGAGAGAGAAGAGUGGAGGAAGAGGAGGGAAAGGGUUCGAGAGAGAGAAGAGGAGGGAAAGGGUUCGAGAGAGAGA